GGCGUACGACAGGAAGAUAUUAGCUUCCGCCAAAUGACCUGACCCGCUGCGAUCAGUAUUUUCCCGUUCGCGAACGGUUGGCGAAGGUUGCUGAGUACCCGUCCGUCAGGUGCCUCGCCCAGAGAUCGCUCACGCUUUGACGGAAUGUGGUUGGCUGCGAAGCCUCCUAAACCUGCGAGAGACUCGCCAAGCAGGCGACAGUCACGAGACCCCAAAAACGUUGCUUGGUCCAGACACCUCAGCAGGUGGGUAAUCCAUCGCACCUGUCGACAAUUGUUCGUAAUUCUAUCAUAAGAAGUGUAGUACGAGAGAUGUUAGGGUAGCGCUCGUAGCGCAUAGCAACGAGUGAUAGUCAGCGUAAUGCUAGCGCACGUAGCGCAUGAAUGCUAGCCACGUCAUUCCCUAAGGCCGUGCGUCGCUGCGAGGAUGGCAGCAGCUCGUCGGCAGCGAGCAUCGUCCCUUCCCCACCGCCUCGCUCCACAUUCCCCGUCCUAUCUUGUCUAUCUUUCGCCCUUGCUGCUCCUCGCCUUGCUCUUUCACCCGCAGAACCCCAUCCAACCCCUCCAAAGCUCCCGCAAUGUCGACCUAUCAGACUCCGCCACGUCAGCACCACCAGGGAGCCAUGCUGCCGCCCAGCUGCCACCCGCGCCUCAAGCCGAAUCCCACCAGCAUCUCGAGCGCGAGUCGCUUGCCGUCUUCGCGGCUGUGGAGGCGCUUGCCGCAUCCCCAUGGCGGGACUUCGAGGCGUCUCAGGCGGCUGUCGACGCUGUGGAGACGGCUCCAAAGCCGGGCGUAGAAGCUUCGCUCCCGGAAUUUGGGCAGCCGCGUCUGGCGAGGCGGGCUCUGCCAGACGGGGAGUGGGCGGGUGGAGGGAGGCGGCGAUUGGGGGAGGGCGAAGUGCAGGGUGGGGGAAGGCGACGGCUGGGGGAGGCAGACACGCCGUUUAAGGGGACUCAAACGGGGAGGCAGCAACUGGGGGAGGGCGAUAUGGCUUUUGGGUCUAUUGAACACGCGAGGCGGCGACUGGGCGAGGGCGACAUGCACGCCAGGCUGACGCCACUGUGGGAGACGGCGAGUCGAGUGGCCGUCAACGGCACUGUUGUUAUCGUGUCGACCAAUGCAGGCUACGAGGAGUUGCUGGAGAACUGGGCUCUGCAUGCCGACAGGAUAGGCCUGGCUGGGCACUACAUCAUCUUUGCUGCUGAGCACCAGAGCUACGAAUACGCCAACAACAAGUGGCCGGGACAGGCGCUGCUGCUGGACUUAGAAGAUCAUUUCGUGCAGGAGGAUCAGCAGGUGGACGUGUCGGAAGCUAUAGGAAUCAAUUCACCAGGCUUUCACCGCGUGGCCUCGCGCCGCGCCGUGUACAUCAUGCACCUGCUCGCCUUUGGCUUCUCCGUGCUCUACUCCGACAUCGACAUCGCUCUCCUCCAAAACCCCCUCCCCUACUUCGCUCCCUUCUCCUCCUCCGCCUCCCCCCCCCUCUCCUCCUCCUCCUCCUCCUCCUCCUCUUCCUCCUCCUCCUUCUCCUUCCCCUUCUCCGCCUUUUUUUCGUUCUUCGGUUUCCCUCCUCUUCCUGCUCCCCCUGCUCCCGCUGCUCCUCCCCCUGCUCCCGCUGCUCCUCCCCCUGCUCCCCCUGCUCCCCCUGCUCCCACUGCUCCUCCCCCGAAGGAAUUCGACGUGUUUAUCACUGCGGAUCAGGCCUGGACGAACGGCUCAGAUCACACGGUAUGGCUGGGCGAGCCAGGCCUGCCGUCGAUGAUGUGCUCGUGCUUCCUUUUCUUCCGCCCUACAGUGGGGGGCAAAGCCGUUGCAGCCUUGUGGGCAUUGAGCAUGGUAGUAAGAGGGCAUGAGGUCGGGCUAGAUCAGGACCAUCUGAUAAACGUGACGAAGAUCAUGAGUGAGGGCGGAGUUGAGGCGCACAUCGGCGUUCUGCCGUGGAAGAAGUUCCCAUCAGGGCAGCUGAUGAGAGACAAUAUGAUUGAGUUUCAGAGGAUAAGGCCUGGCGUCGUGAUGGUGCAUGCGAAUUGGAUAAUCGGGAAGCAGAAGAAGAUUGAGAGGUUGAUUGAGGUGGGGGUGUGGCUGCUGCCCCCGACGCCACCGGAGGGUGAGGAGCGGGGAAGUAGAGGGGAUAGCAGUGCUGGUGCUGAUGCUGUUGGGUGCGGUGCAGGUGCUGCCGAUGCUGCUGCUGGUGGUGUUGGUGGUGCUGCUGCUGCUUGUGACGGUGGUGCUGCUGGGAGGAUCAAGGUUUUGGGGAGUGAGGGGAGCAGGAUUAUUGGCAAACAUUUUGGUGGCGGUCCUGCUGCUGGCGAUGAGCAAGGGAGUGGGCGGGUGGAGGGGGGCGGGGUGGGGGAGGAGGAGGCGGAGAGGCGCCUGAUGGGCGUGGCGCGGUGGGUGCCGUCGCAUGUGGAGGCUGUCUUAAGGGGUGCGCCUGGCGUGGCCAGGGACGGACUGUUAAUUCUUACUGUAAUUUGCCAUGGUAUGGCAUGCUAGGUUAGGGCAUGGGCAUGGUAGGGCAUGGUAUGGGGCUGGUGUCUAAUGGUUCCUUGUGGGACGGGGUAGUGGGAGUGGCAGAGUGGCAGAGCACAGUUCCAAGGCAUGACAGUGCAGGGGAGUGGCAAAGUGGUUGCCAUCGCAUGUGGAUGCUGUGAGGAUUGUGCCUGGCGUGGCAAGAGAAGGACCUCUUAUUCUAGCAGUGCUCUGCCAUGGUAUGUCAUGUUAUGUCAUGGUAGAUCAUGGUAGGUCAUGGUAGAUAAUGGUAGAUCAUGGUAGAUCAUGGUAGAACAUUGUUGGUCAUGAUAGAUCAUGCUAGGCCAUGGUAGAUCAUGGUAGAUCCUGGUAGAUCAUGGUACAUCAUGGUAGAUCAUGGUAGGCCAUGGUAGAUGAUGAGAAAUCAUGGUAGAUCAUGGUAGGUCAUGGUAGAUCAUGGUAGGCCAUGGUAGCUCAUGGUAGAUCAUGGUAGAUCAUGGUAGAUAAUGGUAGGUCAUGGUAGAUCAUGGUAGAUCAUGGUAGAUCAUGCUAGAUCAUGGUAGAUCAUGGUAGAUCAUGAUAGAUCAUGGUAGAUCAUGGUAGGUCAUGGUAGAUCAUGAUAGAUCAUGGUAGAUCAUGGUAGGUCAUGGUGGAUCAUGGAAGAUCAUGGUAGAUCAUGGUAGGUCAUGGUAGAUCAUGGUAGAUCAUGCUAGGCCAUGGUAGAUAAUGGUAGGUCAUGGUAGAUCAUGGUAGGUCAUGGUAGA